GAAGCGACCUGUAACCAAGAACAGUUUCCACGUUAGCGUUUUUAUUUAGACGUUUAUUAACCCCCUGGAACUCAUAUUACUAAUGUAACUGCACAGCAUCACAUACUUACCCCAGAUAGUGUUUAAUUCGCUUUCGACUUGGUUGAUAGAUGUUAUUUAAGUAAAACUAGCUAGCUGCUAACAAUGGCUGACUGUAUGGUUUUUCACACUCAAAUUGCCUCCAUUAUGGAGGUGCUAGCGAAUUCAGCCGUUGCAGAGAUCUGUAAACUCGUAGACGACGACUAUGCAGUGUUUCGUUUGGAAAUAACUCAAAGCCAGAAAGAAAACAGGGGAUUGCGGAGGAAACUGCAGCUCGUGGAACUCAAGGUGGCACGGGAGCGCGCAGAGAGGACAAUGCGAGAGCGCGUCCUCGCCAGUCGUCCCAGUAGUGUCAAGAUCCUCGACCGAUACAGAGGAAUGGCAAGAGGUGAAGGACAUCUCACUGGAGGCCACAGGAGCUUUGUGAAGCCAACUUGGAGAGAUAACCAACCCUUAGCUAUAGAUGAGGGGAGUGGAACCUUAAUCCAGCAGGUUAUCGUGAUAGAGUCAGCAGAUGCAGAGGCUCCAGGUCCUGGGGUCAAGCAUGAGAGGACAGAAGGAGAGGAGGACCCACGGCACAGUAGAGACAUCCAGACUGAAGCGACGGCUGGAGUGGCGCCCCCUGAAGCCAAGGAGGAUUUCGCAACUGUCGCCACGCCCCAGGCCAAGACUCAACCCAGCAUCACGGAGGAGGAGGAGGGUCCAGAGGUGCUGCUGGUGAAGGAGGAGGGUCUGGGAAACCCUGAGGGGACCAUGGUCAUUGAGGACAACCAGAUUACACCUCCUGAACCCACAGAGGAACCAGCUGAGCAGCACAGGACCACAUACAGUCUCACUGAGUCAGUAGACAUGGAGGAUGGGAAGCAUGAUCUGCUGAUAGUCAAAGAGGAGACAAUUGAGGAUGAACCAGACAGCAUUGAUCUGCUGAGUGGACUAAAGAUGGGGGAGCAAGGUGGUUGGCUGGAGGCUAACAGAGGAGACUGGGUGGCCAUUUUGGAUUCCCAGACCAGGGCAGCCAAGGGCGACGUCACUGAGCAGGCCAGGACCAGAGGUGACAUAGUGGAGUCUGCAGUCCAUGAGGACCUGCUGAUAUCCGGUGUUGCUAGAGGAAGAGACUGGACCUCUGAAGCGGCUGGUCACAAACCUUGGCUCCGGAUCAGAACCCUGGAUCAGGAGCCGUCGCUCUUCCUUCCCGAGUCGGAACCAGGACCCAACCACGAGGGACAGAGACUCCACCACCACACAGAACACAACCAGUGGACAGGUGGACUAAACAACCUCAGUCCUGGUGGUCAUCAGAGAGACAGAGGCUCCAGUCAGGGAUCCAGUCUGCAGCCCAAACCCUUCUCUUCACAGUCUCAGUGCAGGGAUGAAGCAGGGCCUGGGGCUGAUAGAGAUAGACCCUCCUGUUCCUAUGAUACAAACACCACAGUAUCCAUGAUAAACAGAGCAGGUCACCCUGGGCUUCAGCCUUCACAGAGAGUGGUGGGAGACCCAUCUGGUGGGAGUCUAACAGGAAGUCUGUCUUCUCCUUCAGGGUCUCGUCUAAUGCCUGGUGACUGGGUUCAUAGAAAGCCUGGGCCUGGGUCUAGCCCUCCUCAUCUACCUCAUGGUUUCCCCACCAAUACAGACAGGGUCAGGAUUGGCAUUCACCACAAUAGUUACCUAGCCUGUAACACAGCACACAAUCCCAACAACACCCAAACAAUGGCUAGAGGUCAAGGAGGGAGCUCAAAGAAUAACCACCUGGGGGCGGUGUCUCCUGCUUCUACCUCCUCUGGUGUCAUUCGGUCACAACGUGGGAGGCUGAGCAUUAGGUCGGACGCCGACAAGCCGUAUUCCUGCCCCACCUGUGGAAAGCGCUUCGCUGAGGCAAACUAUGUGAAGAGGCACCAGACAGUUCACACAAAUGAGAGGCCCUUCAAGUGCAAACUAUGUUACAAGAGCUUCUCCUUCCUGACUAACCUGAUCAGACAUAGGAGUGUCCACAAAGGGGACAAAUCGUAGCAGUGUGGCUUGAGAUGUAAACAGAGGAUAUCUGGGAACUAUUCUUAAGCUGGCAUACUGAAUUAUAAUUAUCAUGUGAAGUGUCUCAGUUGAGCAUCUGAGUAUGCUCACCAUCUCUGAUGAUAGACUUGUUUGGUGUGCAGGCAUAGCCAAAACAGUCAUUUUAUUGAAGUGUAACUAUAUCGCCCCUCUGAAUUUGGUUGUCUAUACUCGAUACCCUCUUUUUUAUCAUAUAUUUAUAACACCUCCUAAUGUUAUUGUGUAUAAUCAGGCGGUACCUGUUCCUUUAUGUACUGAAACAAUGUGAUCAAAUCUGUUAAUACAUUUUGAACCAUGUU